AUGCCCGUGGUACGCCGUGGAAAAUGGUUGACUUUCUCUCCAGACCGCAGCUGCAGAAGACUUCCGCUUUGGUUGGUGGCCAUGGCAGGGUGCCUGGCGCAGGCGAAUCGGAAGGCAGCUCAUGCCUCACACGCGCGGCUGGCGCUGACUGCCAGCAGGCCGUGCAGCUUCGCAGUCCAAAGUCAGCAGCUGACAGCCCUGUCCGUUGCGCAGAGUGCAUGCGCCUCUCUAAACGUGCAAUUCGGGCCAUGCAAGGCGGUGUCGGCUGGGCAGGUGAAUUCCAAAGAGCAGCACCAAAGGGCUGCAAAGGAAGUUCAUGCCCCAGAAGUUCCGGGCAACCGACCAUCAUCCACCAACUCAAAACAAGGCGCAGAUCAAAGCAAGGCGAGCGUGUGCCUUUGUGGCCGAGUGAAGCCAUCCUUUGGAUGGCCGCAGGAUGCAAAGCCCGCAUAUUGCGGUAGAUGCAAGUCCCAGGGGAUGGUCAAACUCAGCGGCACCAGGUGCCGCUGUGGCAAGGCGGUGCCCAUUUUUGGGAAACCCGGCGAUGCACGGCCCGUUUGCUGCAGCAAGUGCAAGGAUGAAAAUAUGGUGGACAUCAAGCAUCUCAGGUGUCAGUGCAGCAAAGCCCAGCCGAGCUUUGGCUACGCCGGCGACAUGCGGCCCACUUGCUGCAAGGCAUGCAAGUCUGAAGGCAUGGUGGAUAUCAAACAUCCCAGGUGCAACUGCGGAAGUGGUCGACCUUCUUUUGGUUUUGUCAAUGACAAAAAGCCCGCUUGCUGCAGCAAGUGCAAGGUUGGUGGCAUGGUCAGUAUAGUGAGUCCAAUGUGCAAGUGUGGACAAUCUCGCCCACACUUUGGCUUUGUGGAUGACAAGAAGCCGUCUUGCUGCAGCCAGUGCAAGCUUGAUGGCAUGGUUGCUAUUGUGCGUCGAAAGUGUAACUGUGGCGAUAAAUCGGCUUUAUUUGGGUUUGCCAAUGGCAUAAAGCCAUCUUGCUGCAACAAUUGCAAUCUUGAUGGCAUGAUAAAUAUUGUGAGGCCAAAGUGCAAGUGUGGCAAGUCUCGGCCUUACUUUGGUUUUCUCAGUGACAGCAAGCCCUCUUGCUGCAGCAAGUGCAAACUUGAAGGCAUGGAGGAUAUUGUGAGUCGAAAGUGCAAGUGUGGCAAAGCGCUACCUUACUUUGGUUUUGUCAAUGAUUCGCGGCCUACUUGCUGCAGGCAGUGUAAACAAACAGGCAUGAUCGAUAUCCGCAGUCGCAGGUGCCAAAAGUGCAGCAAGAAGGCUGGCUACCCAGACGCAGCUGGUCGGCCGCGACAGCUUUGUGCGGCCCAUUCAGCCGAAGUAGGAGCUCAUGUGCUCUCCUCAAACAGUCGAUCUCGUGUUGCCAGUAAAUUAUUCGAUGCAUUGGAGAACGAGUUGGGCCACACGUUUCCCUUCCGUUUCAGAUGGGACCCUACGACCAGCACGUGGUAUGGCCAGGAGUCAAUAGGGCUGGUGCCGAAUCGCAACCUGCGGCCUGAUGCGGUUGACCCAAAAAAGGGCAAGGUGGUCGAAUUCUUAGGCAACUUCUACCAUGGCUAUCCUCCGAACCAUCCCCAGUAUGGCAGCUUCACUUGCGUGGGCGGCCGACCUGCAUCCGAGCUGUACGCGGAGACCAUGGCCCGACUGGACUUGCUCCUGGCCGAGGGGCUGCACGUUUUCUACAUCUGGGAGCACGAAUUCAAGGAGUGGCAGAGGGAAGCCGCCUCCAGUACCAUCCAGUCGACUGCUUUGCCUUUGCCGAAAAGGUAUCAGAAAGUGUUGCUCUGCGACAGUCAGGCCAACUCGGAGCUCCUGGCGGGGUGCAACUGCAAUCAAGGGUAUGUUGCUGAUGUUGAUCUAGCAUAUGAGAUGUGGGCUGAUGGCAUUCUGUGUCCUUGGUGUGCCGUGCUCCUUGUGAAGCAUGCCCGCGCAUUUGCUGGAAGUAGCAUUUGGGAGCGCAAGCAUGGGAUGUGCAGUUGA